CCGGAAGUUCGGUGGAGAGUCUCUGCUGCGUUCUCUUUCUCACACGCAAUUUCUUGGUCGCUUCCUCACACACUCACACCACACCCACUCGCUUUUAUCUAUAGUCUCCAUUUUUCUUUCUAGGGUUUCAAAUUUCACAAAUUCGGACCCACAAAUUCCGAUUGGAGCUCCGAAUUCUUAGUCGCCGUGAUUUGAUUUUGUACUGCUUAGAAAAUGGACUCUGAUAAUUUGUGGAGCAGUCUCUUCUCGACCUCCUCGUCGAGGCGGUACCAAUCGCGAUCCGAUCUGUUUUCGCACGAAGAGAUUGACGGAGACGAUGAGUUAAAGGCCGAGUUUUUGUGCCCUUUCUGCGCCGAGGAUUUUGAUGUCGUUGGGCUUUGCUGCCACAUCGAUGAGGAGCAUCCAGUGGAGGCUAAGAACGGGGUCUGUCCUGUUUGUGCGAAAAGGGUGGGAGCAAACCUUGUGAGCCAUAUUACCACGCAACACGGGAGUUUGUUAAAGGUUCAGCGCAAGAGGAAAUUUCGCAGAGGAUCUAGUUCAACAUUUUCUAUAUUGAGGAAAGAGCUACGAGAAGGAAGUUUACAAUCCCUUCUAGGAGGGUCUUCAUUCCUUCCGUCAAACACUGAAGCUGAUCCUUUGUUGUCUUCUUUUAUAUUUAACCCUCCCACAGUUGAUGAGGAUGUGAGUACAAAGCAGCAUCCUUUAGUUGAACCAUCUUUUGUAAAGGAGAGCACAAAGGAAGUGGUCUCAGAAAGAAGCGUUCAACAGCCACCCUUGUCUCGCAAGGACCAAGAGGAGCAGGCGCGGAGGUGUGAGUUUGUUCAAGGAUUGCUCAUGUCGACUAUUCUUGAUGAUUUAUGAGAUAGAAGAGUGUAGUGGGAGUUGUGGAAAUGAUAAGUUAUUAGGAGCAGAGCGCAGAGCGUAAGUAAUACGAGAGGGAGGGGAAGAAAGUGGUGCUAUUUAUGUAACAAUCGGUAAGAGUUAGAUGAUGAGAACAACAGCUAUGUAUUCGUAAUGUACUCAGACCUUUAUGUGUAUAAUGAAAAUAUGGAAUAAUUUAUGCA